UACUUUUAAAGAUAAUAUUUUCGAUUUUCAGAAUUCUUUUUGGUCAGUCUUCUGAUUAUUCAGCUGGUGUUGUUGUUGCCUUUUAUAUGUCCAAUGGAGAUAUGUAUGAGAAGAACCAUGAUGAGAUUGAUUUUGAGUUUCUUGGUAACAUUAGAGGAAAAGAAUGGAGGAUUCAGACAAACAUUUACGGUAAUGGAAGCACUCAUUUAGGAAGAGAAGAGAGAUAUAAUCUCUGGUUUGAUCCAACUGAAGAUUUUCAUCAAUACAGUAUCCUCUGGUCUGAUUCUCACAUCAUAUUCUUUGUAGACAAUGUUCCGAUCAGAGAGGUCAAACGUACAGCUUCAAUGGGCGGUGACUUCCCAUCAAAGCCGAUGUCUCUAUACACAACAAUAUGGGACGGUUCUAAAUGGGCGACUAAUGGUGGCAAGUACGGUGUAAACUACAAAUAUGCGCCUUACAUUGCACGGUUCUCUGAUCUAGUCCUUCACGGCUGCCCUGUGGACCCAAUCGAGCAGUUUCCGAGGUGUGAUGAAGGAGCGGCCGAGGAUAUCCGUGCGGCACAGGAGAUCACCCCAUCACAGAGGAGUAAAAUGGAUAUUUUCAGAAGGAAACACAUGACUUACUCGUAUUGCUACGAUCGGACAAGGUACAAGGUUGCUUUAUCAGAGUGUGUGGUAAAUCCCGCGGAGGCUCAAAGGCUUAGGGUUUAUGAUCCAGUCACGUUUGGUGGAAUCCCUAGGCGCCACCGAUAUGGAAAGCACCGGAGCAAGAGAAGCAGAGUCGAUGGAACAGAGUCGAUAUGAGAGUAACAUAUAUAGUCAAUAAUAUGGUGUUGGGUGAGAGAUUUGGUGGGGGGGUUUCUAUAAUAAGUCCAUAUAUUGGUUAAUUUAUGAUUCAGUGCAUUUUCACAGUUAGAGGGAGCAUUUUUGUCAUUUGUUGCUUGUAUAUGAAUAUAUAAAAAAGAAAAUAAUUAAAUUUUUUUAUUUGAGAGAUUUUUUCGAGUUUGAAUACUACAAAUUGGUUUCUUGUUUU